CAAUUUGAAUUUGGGCGGGAACGGACUCGGCGAAGAAAAAUAUGGCCGCCAGCGAUGACAGCGAUUACUCGCUGCACGAGUGCGUUUUCACGGGCAAUUUGAGAAAACUGUCCAGUCUGCUGCGCAACCACGAUGUCGGCGCCAGAGACAAAUACGGCAACACGCCGUUGCACUUGGCAGUCAUGCUUGGAAGGAAAGAAUGCAUUCACCUGCUGCUGAACCACGGGGCGCCCGUCAAGGUGAAGAACAACGCCGGAUGGAGUCCUCUGUCGGAAGCAAUCAGCUACGGCGACAGACAAAUCUUGUCUUCCUUGUUACGAAAGUUGAAACAGCAGUCUCGAGAGCAGGUGGAGGAACGGAGGCCAAAUUUGGUCGCCGCCUUGCACAGCAUAGAUGACUUUUAUAUGGAGCUCAAAUGGGACUUCCAAAGUUGGGUUCCUCUUGUGUCUCGAAUACUGCCAUCGGACAUUUGUCGGAUCCACAAAAGGGGCUCAUCGAUGAGGCUGGACACAACUUUGGUCGACUUCAAUGACAUGAAAUGGGAACGGGGUGACAUAAGUUUUAUUUUCAAUGGGGACCGGAAGCCAUCUCAAUCGCUCACAGUUCUUGAUAACAAGGACAAACUCUUCCAGAGAGUCAGAUACGAGGAGACUGAGCAGGAAAUAGAGGACGAAGUGGACUUGUUAAUGAGCAGCGACAUAAUUGCGGUACAAAUGUCAACAAAGUCUAUCACUUUCUCUCGAGCAACGACCGGCUGGUUUUUCAAAGAGGACCGAAAAGAGCUGGUCGGUUCUUUCAACGCAGAGUUUUAUAAUGUUAAUGGAAUGGUGCUUGAGUCCCGAAAACGCAGAGAGCACCUCACUGAAGAGGAUUUGCGGAAGAACAAGGCCAUUGUCGAAAGUUUUACCAAGGGAGGAACAUCCCAGGUGGACAUCAACGGAGAGACAAUACGUCGGCCAUCUUUACCACCACCUUCCCCAUGUUCUCUCACAUGGGAGGAGUACCUGUCUGAUCCUGGAACGACUCCUCCGGUUCUUGGCAGGGAAAUGGUGUACAAACAGACUUGCAAAGCCUUCAGAGCCACUGUUGCCAUGAGCUCUGAAUUUCCACUCUCGGUCAGCAUGCUGUUGAAUGUUUUGGAAAUAGUGGCUCCUUUCAAGCACUUUACAAAGCUUAGGGAAUUUGUAAAUAUGAAGCUCCCUACUGGUUUUCCAGUUAAAAUUGAUAUUCCAAUUUUGCCGACGGUGACAGCCAAAAUUACCUUCCAGCAGUUUACAUUCAAAAGUGACAUUCCUCCAGAAUUAUUUGAGGUUCCGCCCAACUAUCACGAAGAUCCAACACGCUUCCCGGACUUGUGAUUUCUUCGACUGGGACUGCAAGAGGUGGCAUUUAAUUUCUCUCAUGAUCUUUCCCUGUUUGAAGUUAGAUGUCUUUGUAAACCAAGAGGACACAAUUUUUCGCUCACACAACAGGGACAACCAAUUUUAUUUGCGCUCCUUGGAAAUCGCAAUAAAUCUGAACAGCUCGAAAGCUGCAGGACGAGGAUUAGUAAUGACAAAUCAAAAUUUACUUUGUAAAAGUUACUGCUUCCAAGGAUUUAGCUAAAUUGCUCAGAGAAUUUUUGGAAACAAUUCAAAAUUACUAAGCUUAUUGUGUUAAACAACAAAUGGGUAAUUAAUUGUUAGUAAUUUAUUAAUUGUCAUAAUACAAUGUGAAAAAUUGUUGUGUUAUUAUAUUAUAAUCAUGUGUUUUGUCUAGUCAGCAAGCAGUGCUUCAAUAAUUGUAGCCUUGUUAAAGAAGCAACCAUUUCUUUCGACCUGGCUAAAUCUUUUAGUGUUACAUGUUAGGGACCAUAACAUCAAAUAAUUGAAAUUAAAUCCAACAAUUUUAAAGAACUAGUCCACUUAAGGAAGCCAAAGCGCUCGAACCAGAAUUUUGGUUGCACUUAAUGUUAAUUGUAAGUGUUAUAAGAAGCAAAUCUUGCCUUUGACAUCCGAUGUUAGCCUUGGUGAUCAAUCUGCCUUCAAUUGGGUUAAAAUAAAAUCACAUAUUUAAAAAAUCAAUAAAUUUUCUGAACCCACAGGUUUCGAACAAGUAAGAUGGGAGAGAGGUCCGCUUCACUUAAUAAUUAUGCAUUAAAACAGGUCAGAUGUCCAAUUUUCACAAACAGUUUUUGACUGGUGAAACACAAACAAAAACUAGUGUGUUAAAUAUAUUAAUAAACUGUAUAUUCAGGCAAAUAGAUGCUCAGCAAACACUUGCAACAAAAGAGUUUGUUUGAAUUUCAAAAGUUCCUGUUGGGGGUGAGACGUGGGUCGAGGGUGCCUACCCAUUGAUAAGUACUUGAGCAGCAGGAGGUUGCCGGAGAUCAACUCCUGCGGCACUAGUACUUAGGAACGGGAUGUAGGCAGUUUUCAAAUUUGAUGAUCUUUCACUGCAUAUGUCCUCCACCUGCAAAUAUAAUAUUUUAGAAAUUUAUGUUUUGCAUUUCUAGUUUAAUCUUGAUUUUUUUUUAAUCAUUUUUGAUGUUAAAUUGUUUUUUCGCCCCCAAGAAC